CCCGCCGCCCGCCGCCCUCGCCCUCGCCCUCGCCUCCGCCAUGGGCCUGGAGCUCUACCUGGACCUGUUGUCCCAGCCCUGCCGUGCCGUCUACAUCUUCGCCAAGAAGAACGGCAUCCCCUUCGAGCUGCGCACCGUGGACCUGCUAAAAGGCCAGCACCACAGCGAUGACUUUGCCCAGGUGAAUCCCCUGAAGAAGGUGCCAGCCUUGAAGGAUGGGGACUUCACCUUGGCUGAGAGUGUGGCCAUCCUGCUGUAUCUGAGCCGCAAGUAUGAGACGCCCGACCACUGGUACCCCCAGGACCUGCAGGCCCGAGCCCGCGUGGACGAGUACCUGGCAUGGCAGCACACGGCCCUGCGAACUAGCUGCACCAGGACCCUGUGGCAGAAGAUGAUGUUCCCUGUGUUCCUGGGCCAACGAGUGCCCCCCGAAAUGCUAGCGUCUACUCUGGCUGAGCUGGACAGGUGCCUGCAGCUGUUUGAGGACAAGUUCCUGAAGGACCAGGACUUCCUUGCCGGAUCCCACAUCUCAGUGGCUGACUUGGUGGCCAUCACAGAGCUGAUGCAUCCUGUCAGCGCUGGCUGCCAAAUCUUCAAAAGCCGGCCUAAGCUGGAGGCCUGGUGCCAGCGUGUGGAGGCUGCAGUGGGGGAGGGUCUUUUCCAGGAGGCCCAUGCAGCCAUCAUGAAGGCCAAGGACCUGCCUCCAGCAGACGCUGCCAUGAAGGAGAAGCUGAAGCCCUUCAUCCAGCUUUUGCUGCAGUGAGAGUGGCGGGCCUGCAGGGCAACAUCGGUGGAGCUCUGUCCUCAGAAUAAAGAAAUGGCGCUGCCUCUCCCUGGCUGUGAGCAAGACACCCUGCAACGCAGCAUCGGGUCCACAGUGCCCUCCACCCAUUGGUCCUGUGUUCCUUCUUCCGUCUGUCUGCUUACUUCACCCUUACCCUUUGCACGCUGACUUUCGUGUGAUCUCUGGAAAGAACUUUAGUAAACACAAAUUUGACCCUG